AUGCAGGCUCUAAAUGUGGGCGUUGGAGACAAUGAGCCUGUAUUUACGGUCCUCUUUGAAAAUGAAAAGGCAAACAGUGCAGCUCUCCAACAGUAUGCGGGCAAGAUACAGUCAUCAGGUGUGCAGUCCCGUCGCAGCCUCGUGCAUAAAAGUUCUCGCGGGCGCAGUGGCGCGGCCUUCUUGGCAUCUGCUGCAGCGCUUGUUGUGCUAAUCUUCUUGUGUACGCGAGGGCAGAAGAGAUGGGAUCAACUGGCUGCUUAUGGUCGGCAGUUGUCGGAGGAUGACGACUCCAGGCUGGUUGCCAAACGCUCAUGGUGCAGCGAUUCGGGAGGAGAGGCAGAUAUUUCGUCUGAUGAUGAUACGACGGAGAUGCCUCCAAUGCUUAAGCCACUUGCCAAACGUGCACGUGCUGAGGCGGAGUCUGAUGGUAGUAGGGGGCUGUCUAAUGUUGACGCAGGUGUGCAACAAGCGGCAGGGCCCUCAUCGAAGGGGGCCAUUGGAUCAACUGGGGCAACUGCACGUCGUCGCCUACAGCGUCGCGUACGGCGUCGCCCCAGUGCCUCUAAGAGUAAAGCUGGGCAGCUGAGUGCGUAUGAACCUCAAGGGGCUGCUGGACUGCACAUCUUAUGGGCGAAGGCUUCCUCUGUAGCUAAACUAAGAGGUGCAGGUUCAGUGUGUUGUUCAGAGAGUGGUACAAGCUCAUCUGUGCCGCUGAGUGAGCGUGAACUUCAAGCAGUUGCUGCGUUGCACCAAUUGGGGGAAUUGACUGGCUCCGAGGGCGCCACUGGUGGAAAGCAUGAUGAGAAGGUGGAGGAUGAGGGUCAGCCUUCAACGAGUGCUGUUGCAGGCAAUGGCGAAAAGCACUGGCUACCGCAUGCGCAUCUCGCAUGCAAGGCGAAUUUAGAUGUUGAUACAUUUACAACUGCCCAUACGGAUUUACGCUUCCACCCAUUUUGCCGUUUGCCUCUUGUGGACAGUAACGGAAUCACGAGGGAGUUUAUGCCGGAGAUCGCCGUUGGCUCGUCGCCAACGGAUAGACCCCUGCCGCUUUUGUCGAAAGCUUGCGAGCUACUCGCCAAGGCAUUUCUGUCGCCUGAAGAACUGGAUGCGGUGUCAUAUAUUGCAGAACGGCUAAUCGCCCACGCAGUAGAAUGCCAAACGCGUGAUCUGAGAGGUCUCCCGCCACAUCGGGCUAUCCAGAUACUAGGCGUUCGCUUUCUUAUAUUUGAUAUUAUUGUGUCAGCUGUAGAUUUGCUGGGUCAGCGACCAGAAGGGUCAUGGUGGGAAAAACUUUCCAACUCCGUACCUCACUUUUAUGGUGAGAGGCCCAAAGGUAUUCGUGGAAGUAGAGAGAGCAAAGUACUCAACCUUGUUGCUCAACAACUUAGCGCGGCUUUGAAGUGUUUGAAGUCGGGGAUACGCCCUUCGUGUACAGUGCUGAUCAGCCUUAAGCAAUUCUUGACUUGUUCGCCCUAUGCUCCUCCCUUCUUCAAACAGAGCUCGUUUGAUUCAUGGAGGAAGGCCAACAACAGUUUUGUUGUUUCUCGAAAAGGAGUCAUCAUAGGAUAG